GGGAGAUGAGGCGAUGGUGGGGCGAGGCGAACGGGGAGGUGGAGAGAGGGCUGUUUGCGGUGGUGAAGAGGUGCCGGGGACUGCAGCAGCUGCAUGUACAGGGGGAGAAUCUCGCCAACAGACUAAAACUCCCUGCCAACCUCUUCCACCGCUGCCCGCAACUCACUGCUCUCUCCCUCCCCCUCUCCCGCCUCCCCGCCUCCCUCCUCUUCCUCCCUCGCCUCACCUCCCUCUCCCUUGCCCUCCCUGCAGAUCACAUGCCGCCCCAGUUCGCCCACUCUGCCCCCUUGGCGCACCUGCGCUCGCUGCGCGCCCUCUCCCUGCACGUGCAAGACAUCUUCAGCCUCCAGUGUACCAGCAUGGACGCCAGCAGCUGGAACAGCGUCUCACCCGACCUCCUCCUCGGACUGCCGCACCUCACCUCGCUCUCCCUCUCCCUCCCCACCGACACCAUUCCUGAUUCCUUCUCCUGCCUCACUGCCCUCACUCGCCUGAAAACCAACCUGUGGAUCCCGGGACUGGAGGACGAGGGAGGGGUGGGAGAGGAGGGGGAGGAGGAGGUAGCGGAGGAAGUGGAGGCAGAGAAAGAAAGAAGGGUGAGGCAGGAAGAAGAUGGUGGGUGUGAUGACGAGGAGGAGAAGGACGAGGAGGAGAAGUAUGAGGAGGAGAAGUACGAGGAGGAGAAGGACGAGGAGGAGGAGCGAAGCUAUGGCCUUUACCAUACAGACAUUGAUGGCAGACUGCUGCCUCUCUGCAACCUCACCUCCCUCUCUCUCUACACAUCCUUCCCUCCACUCAUUGGCCACCUCACCCACCUCACCUCCCUCUCCCUCCCCCGCGUCUACGCAUCAUACCACGACCAACACCCCAACACCCCAUCCUGCUCCCUCCACCGCGGCCUGUCUCGCCUCACUCGCCUGCAGGAGCUCUUCAUUGGCUGCAGCAGCCGCUGCGACCACUCUGACACUGUCGCUUGUCGCUGUGGGAAUUCUGGCUCCGCCUGCAUUCCCCGCUUGCCCCGUCUGCGCCGCGUGCGCGUGCACUGCCCCGACGAGACCGUGAACGUGGCCCGCCUGCUCGCCAACGUGGCGGCGUCCCUGGAGCAGCUGGACGUGCGAGCCGACUACCGCAACUACUCCUCUGCAGAUCUCGGAUGGACGGCACUGGUGUUUCCAAAGCUCAAGGUGCUGCAGCUGGUGACCUCAGGGCCCGCUUCGUACGUGUACAUGGCUCUCUUCCCUGCCCUAGAACACAUGGCAUUGGCAGGCAACCGCAGGGUGUCAUGGGGGGUGGAGAAGGGUUUCUCUUCCAGCCUGCGCUUCUUGCACUUAACCUGUGCAAGGCUGUCUGGAUUCUACAGUGACCCUCGGCUGACGCAGCUGACCUCGCUCACCACGCUGGUGGUGGACAACGCUGACUGCCGGGACUUGCUCGCAUGCCUCUCCGCCUUCUCCUCCCUGCGCACCCUCCGCCUCUCCAACCUCACCAGGGGCUGCUCUGAGCCCUACCUCACCUGCCCCCCUCUCCUCGCCACCCUUCAGAUCUGCCGCUCCGACCUGCCCCACCUCCCAUCCUCACUCCUCAAAUUCGCCCGCCUCAAUCGCCUUGACUUGCUGCACUGGAGCUGCCUGCACUCCCUCCCGCGUUUCCUUUCAUCUUUCACGUCGCUCCGCCAUUUCAGAGUUACCUGCGAUGGCCCCAGGCCCUUAGUGCCGGCAUGCCUCGAAUAUUUUCUCAGGGACAGGGAUUGGUACGAGUACUCGCCGUGUGUGUGGCAGCUUGAAUAGAGAAGUUCAAUGCUGUAUUUAUAAAUCCCAGUAAUGUAA